AUGGACUCGAGCUAUCAAGCAAAUCCAAGCGAUGACCACGUCACUCCGACGGAAGUCAACCAAAUCUUACGCCGGAAACGCAAGACUCGUGAGCGUCGAGCUUGCUACCCCUGCCGACAGCGCAAAGUCAAAUGCAAUUACGAAUCGCCGUGCCAGCGCUGUAUUGAUCGCGACCAUCCAGAUCUUUGCUCCUACCUGCAAGCCCCUAGGGCCGGCGGCAUCGAACCUCCCCAGGAUCCUCCCAACACGCUCGAUGACAGUCCGCGGCCACCAGGCGCUGACUGGAAUCAGCUCUGGUCGAAGCUCCAGACGGUCGAGCUCCUCCUACGAGACAUCAAAUUGGAAGUCCCCAGCCACAUUCUGACCACGGACGAAAAUGCACUCGUCAGACAGACGUUUUCGCCCGGCUCAAGUGCAAGAAAAGCAUACACACCUCCCCUUCGAAUCCCGACCCAGAGUGGACUGGUGACAGAUGAGUGUAUACAUCUCGGACGCAAUUCGGUCCCCGUAAUGGCUAUGGCGUUGGGUAAUGGAAGCAAAGAGGAAGCCCUGCAAGACAUUAUCGGGAAAAGUGUUUUACCUCUGUUCGGGCUGGAUAACGAAAGUGCAACGUACCCUUUUACUAACCUAUGGGGCGUAACCGACGAAUUCGCUAGGGUGAGAGAGGUGUGCAAACUGCUUCCUUCAGAUGCCGAUUGCUUCCAGUAUCUCCGACAAUAUCGGGACAACGCUCACGUACUCUUUCCAGGUGUGGUGGAUAUCAACGAACUUGAAACUGAUCUGACUAAAUUUCUCAUUGCUCGAUCUAGUCCACAGGCCCCAGCCAGCGACCAUGUCAAUGUGUACGGCCAAAACGUUCAUUGCCUCAGCCUCUUGUUCGCAUGUCUAGCCUCGGGCUGCCAAUGUUCGGCACUUCCCCGAAAGGAAAAACAACUGACUGCACAAGUCUAUGUGUGCUGCGCGUAUGAGUGUCUCCGAAUCGUCAACUAUCUGUCUCGUCCGACCAUUGUGGAUAUCCAAUCUCUGUUGGUACUAGGAAAUGUGAUUGCAAACAGUAUGAACGCCGGCGUGGCCUGGUCAUUACUCGGGCUGACCGUCAGACUGGCGCAAACGAUUGGUCUGCACGAACCGUCUCGGCUCUCUAAUUCGCCUGAUGAGAUGCUCUUACAAGAGGAAGUUUGGUGGCGAAUCGUCUGGCAGGAUAGCCUGCUUUCUAUCAUAUUCGAUCGAACACCUUCGACUUUCACCGUUACUCCUCAACGUCCUGAUAGCGUCUCAAGCCAUAGGACUGACAACUUAUCUUACGUGGACUGCAUGAAAAGGGUUUGUGCAGUCGUGUUAGACAUCAUUCGAGAUCGGUCAGUUUCGACCGAUCCGCGUCAAGAGAUCCCACUUAUUCUCAAGCAUCGGGACAGCUUGGCGGCCAUAGGGAGCCGGGCGGCUCCUCAUCUCGUCGAGGUGACCGCUUGUCGAUCAAUGCGAGAUCAGCUGGAGCACUGGAGCUUUCACCUUCACGUCUCGUAUGUGACAUCUGAAUUGCAUCGCCCGGCACUCAAACGCCAACAGGUCUACGCAGAGAUGCACUUGCGACAGGCCUGCAUCGAUAACUUGGCGAACACGGUCAACGCUUUCCUGGGCCUCCAAAAUGUGUCAUCGUCCGCGAAGACGUCCUGGGCACCCAUACACAAGGCGUUAAGCUCUGCACUUCUGCUAGGCAUCAUGAAAGAACAGGCGGAGAAUCAGCGCGUGAGCAUGUUGCUAAACAGAUUCUUGUCAAUAUUGGCCGAUCUGAACUCUGAUGUGGGGCCCUCUGAAAUGCCGGCGCCCAUGUCAAGGUCCAUCGUGGCAUUGCGCCGCCUUCUCUCUCCACCACCCGGAAUGGAAGUCGAUGAUGACGAAUGGGAUAUUGACGUGCAGAAAUUGGUCCCAAAAAGGGGCGAAGAAACACCAUGGACUUAUGAGACACCCUCGCAGAGCCUUUCUUCCACAGGGGAAAACCAGGAUCGCAGACAUUCGCCACACUCCGUCGCGGAUGACAUCCUCUGGGGAAGUUCGACCAUGCCUUGGUCUCGAACUCCGAGCUCCUGA